UUAGUAUUUCCUUAUUUUGUAAAGCCGUAGGAUUGGUGUUGUUUAUAUUAUAAGCUAUAUCGUGCUCGGUCGCCUAGUAUUACUGACGUGUGCAGUGUACUCCUUAAUAGGUGCGAUGGAAAAAUAUCUCGGAAAGAAGUAUAAGUUGAAAACAUCAGACAACUUUGAGGAAUAUCUAAAAUUUAUAGAGGUGGGUUUGCUAUCGCGGAAAUUGGUGAUGGCGUUAUCCCCCGAAAGUAUCCUGACGAAGAACCAAGAUGGGUCGUACUCCUUAACCAUGACAACUCCGAUACGAAAAGUAGUCAUCACCUUCAAACUAGACGAAGAGUUCAAUGAAAACCGACCAGAUGGAAUUAAGGUUAAGUCAUUAAUGCACGUGGAAGGCAAUCUCCUUGUACAGACUCAAAUAGAAGAUAACGGCAGAAAAUCAAAACAUAUAAGAGAAUUUACCGACAAAUCACUGAUCGUGACAACAACAGCUGAAGGUUGGGAUGGAAAAUGUGUAAGGAUAUACGAAUUAGUAGAAUAAUUUAAUAAUAUAAAUAACUUAUUGUAUUAAUGUUAAUUAAGGAAAUUAUUUCUUUAGUUUUGUUUGAGUAAAGCAUAUUGUUUUUAUAAUUA